AAAGAUUCCAUAUGUUUUGUUCUUUUCCCUUAUGCUCCCGACACCCAACCAAAACCAUCAACCCCAAAGUAGGCCCCAAACCAAGAAAUUAAACAAUACAAUUAAUUCUCCCACACUCUGGAGAAUCAAUGGAUCUCGGCAACUAGACAGCCAGAUUAUCCUAAUCACUGAUCUGUGCCAACCAAACCAAACCAAAUCAAACCAUUUUAUAUGAAUAUCAUUCAUGGUCAUCAGGUCAUGGGUCAUAUCCCCAAGUCCUAACCGCCGCCCGAAUCUCCUAAUCACAUGCAUCGACUCUAUAUGCAUACGUUUGUUUCACUACUAAUUAACCACGCCCUCUUAAUUAUAUUACUAACGUGCUUGAGCGUACAAGCCGGAAAAGAAUAAUAAUAUAA